AUGGAGGAGCUUCUACAGCAAGCCAAGGAGAGGGAUGGAGGAGCACAGGGCCAGCAGGUUUCAUCAGAUGCCUUAACUGUCCCCUCUCUGACCUUCAAUCACACCCACCUGCCCGACCGUCCCCAGAGCCCUCCCUUCACGCAGCCCCACUGGCAGCCUCCCAGGAAGCGCAGAAGACUGGGGGAUGUCAGGCCGUCUAUUACGACCCGGGCGGCUCCGCCUCAGCCCCGCGCUCGGGCCGGCCGGGGCUCACGGGGCGCGGGCCGGGGCGCGUGGGCGCAGCUCGCGGCGGUGUUCCGAGGGCGGCGGGGCGGGCGGGCCGGCUGUGGGCGUGCGGGGGGCCCCGCCGCCCCGGGAUCCCUGACCGCGUGUGUCGCCGCCGCCGCCGUUCUUCGGAAGCCGGGUUCGUCAGGCGGCGGCGACGCUGGCGUGACUGUCGGCGAGUUGAAGGCGGCGUUUGGCGCGCCGUUCCGUCCGCCUCCUUGCGGCGGCUCUUCCCCCCGUUCCCCGUUUUCCUCGCCGUCGGGCGUCUUCCGUGAGCUCUCUGGGCGCUCCGUUCGCGGACGCGCGUCUGGGUCGGACUCCGGUUCGGCGGCUAUUGGCUGUACUCUGAACUGUAGCUGCCAGAGUUUCAAACCGGGGAAAAUAAACCACCGUCAGUGUGAGCAGUGCAGACAUGGAUGGGUGGCCCACGCUUUAAGUAAGCUGAGGAUCCCCCCAGUGUAUCCAACAAGCCAGGUGGAGAUUGUCCAGUCCAAUGUGGUGUUUGAUAUUAGCAGCCUCAUGCUCUACGGGACCCAGGCCAUCCCUGUUCGCCUGAAAAUCCUUCUGGACCGGCUCUUCAGUGUGUUGAAGCAAGAUGAGGUCCUGCAGAUCCUCCAUGCCUUGGACUGGACCCUUCAGGAUUACAUCCGUGGAUACGUGCUACAGGAUGCAUCAGGAAAGGUGUUGGAUCACUGGAGCAUCAUGACCAGCGAGGAAGAGGUGGCCACCUUGCAGCAGUUCCUUCGUUUUGGAGAGACCAAGUCCAUAGUUGAGCUCAUGGCAAUUCAAGAGAAAGAAGAUCAGUCCAUCAUCAUCCCGCCUUCCACGGCGAAUGUAGAUAUCAGGGCUUUUAUCGAGAGCUGCAGCCACAGGAGUGCCAGCCUCCCCACUCCUGUGGAUAAAGGAAACCCCAGCAGUAUACACUCCUUUGAGAACCUCAUAAACAACAUGACUUUCAUGCUGCCCUUCCAGUUCUUCAACCCAGUGCCUCCCACACUGAUAGGGUCACUGCCCGAACAAUAUGUGCUGGAGCAGGGUCAGGACCAAAGUCAGGACCCCAAACAGGAAAUCCAUAGACCCUUCCCCAACAGCAGCUUCUUAACUUCCAAUUCCACACCAUUUCAGGUCGAAAAAGAGCAGUGUCUAAACUGUCCAGAUGCUGUUACUGAAAAGGAAGACAACGCCCAUUUAAGUGACUCCAGCUCAUACAACAUUGUCACUAAGCUUGAAAGGACACAGUUGUCCCCCGAGGCCAAAGUGAAGUCUGAGAGGAACAGCCUUGGCACAAAGAAGGGCCGGGUGUUCUGCACCGCGUGUGAGAAGACCUUCUAUGACAAAGGCACCCUCAAGAUCCACUACAACGCCGUCCACCUGAAGAUCAAGCAUAAGUGCACCAUUGAAGGGUGUAACAUGGUUUUCAGCUCCCUGAGGAGCCGGAACCGCCACAGCGCCAACCCCAACCCUCGGCUGCACAUGCCAAUGAACAGAAACAACAGGGACAAAGAUCUAAGGAACAGCCUGAACCUGGCAGCCUCCGAGAACUACAAGCGCCCAGGUUUCGUGGUGACUUCUCCAGACUGUAGGCCUCUUCCUGCCUAUACUGGUUCAGGGGAGGAUUCCAGGGGCCAGCCAGCCUUUCCAAGCAUUGGGCAAAACGGUGUGCUUUUUCCCAACCUAAAGACAGUCCAGCCAGUCCUUCCUUUCUACCGCAGUCCGGCCACUCCUGCCGAGCUAGCAAACACACCCGGGAUGCUGCCUUCUCUCCCUCUGUUGUCCUCUUCAAUCCCAGAACAGCUGGUUUUAAACGAAAUGCCAUUUGAUGUCCUUCCCAAGAAGAAAUCCCGGAAGUCCAGUAUGCCUAUCAAAAUAGAGAAGGAAGCUGUGGAGAUAGCAAAUGAGAAGAGGCAUGCUCUCAGCUCGGAUGAAGACAUGCCCCUGCAGGUGGUCAGUGAGGAUGAGCCAGAGGCCUGCAGUCCUCGGUCAGACAGAACGCUGGAGGAGCAGCACACACAGUCAGGAGGCUUAGGGAGGCCUCUCCCUGCAGGAGAGAGGGCCUGCCAUCUGGAAUCAGUGAUUGAGUCCAGUGAUGCCAUCAGCCGAACCCCUGAGCAGACCACACACAGCUUAGAGAGGGAGACUGAGCAGAAGCCAGCAUUGAUUGUGGUGCCCAGGGAGGUGGAGGAUGGUGGCCGCGAGCUCCACCUUACCCCUGGGAUGGAGCCCUGUGUUCCUUUUCCUGACUACAUCAAACUGCAGCAGCGCCUCCUGGCCGGGGGUCUCUUCAGUGCUUUGUCCAACAGAGGGAUGGCUUUUCCUUGUUUCGAAGAUUCUAAAGAACUGGAGCCCAUGGGUCAGCACGCAUUAGCACGGCAGAAGGAAGAAAAUCGCUUCCAGUGUGACAUCUGUAAGAAGACCUUUAAAAAUGCUUGUGGUGUGAAAAUGCACCACAAGAACAUGCAUGCCAAAGAAACACACAUGUGCACCGUGGAGGGCUGUAAAGCUGCCUUCCCUUCCCGCAGGAGCAGAGACAGACACAGUUCAAACCUAAAUCUCCACCAAAAAGUGUUGACCCAAGAAGCACUGGAGAGCAGUGAAGACCAUUUCCAUGCAGCUUACCUUCUGAAAGAUGUGGCUCAGGAGGCCUAUCAGGACGUGGCUUUCACACAACAAGCCUCCCAGACAUCUGUCAUCUUCAAGGGAACGAGUCGGAUGGGCAGUCUGGUUUACCCAAUAACCCAAGUCCACAGUGCCGGUCUGGAGAGCUACAACUCUGGCCUGCCAAGCGAGGGCACCAUCCUGGAUUUGAGUACUACCUCGAGCAUGAAGUCGGAGAGCAGCAGCCAUUCCUCUUGGGACUCAGAUGGGGCAAGCGAGGAAGGCGCCGUGCUCAUGGAGGACAGUGAUGGGAACUGUGAAGGGCCGAGCCUGGUCCCUGGAGAAGAUGAGUACCCCAUCUGUGUUCUGAUGGAGAAGGCCGACCAGAGCCUUGCUAGCCUACCUUCUGGGUUGCCCAUAACAUGUCACCUCUGCCAAAAGACAUACAGUAAUAAAGGGACCUUCAGGGCCCACUAUAAAACUGUGCACCUCCGUCAACUCCACAAAUGCAAAGUGCCAGGCUGCAACACCAUGUUCUCAUCUGUCCGCAGUCGAAACAGACACAGCCAGAAUCCCAACCUGCACAAAAGCCUGGCCUCCUCUCCCAGUCACCUCCAGUAACAAGAUGGUGGACCAAGUAUGCUUGGUCAAGCAUUUGUCGUAAUUCAGGAAUAGGGUAGUCCAAAGAAAUGUUUCUUUGUUUAAUACCAUUUGGGCAAGCCAGGCCAAAAGUAUAUGAGUUGACUUUGUAGUCCUCUACAGCAGGAGGAGCAAAAGACAAGCCUUGUGGGAAGCUGACAUCGGGGCAGCAUUUCCUAUUAUUUUUCUUAGCCCAGAAGGUUUUUCACUGACAUAACAAAAACUUGCAGAAACGCAGUUUUCCCCAGAUUUGUUUACACAUUCCCUGGGAGAGCUCCAGGUCUGCAGGUCAACAUCAGGGGCUCAGGACCUGGGGGCAGCUCGAAGUGAGGCUUGCAGUAUUAAGGGUCAGUUGAGUGUCCUGGGUAAGCAGACUGUCACCCUGGGUGAGGAGCCAGUCCAAAGGUCACAUUUUCAGUUCCUGCUUGAAUGAGUCUGAAAUCCAGACUUGAGUUUAGGAAAAUGACUUUUUGAGACUGUCCCUCCAUUUGGAGUGGAGAAUUGCUUUUAUUUUUUUCUUUUUUUUCCCCUAAAGGUCUCAUAUAUUACUCCAGGGAGUUCUCAGAGGAAGUGGGCUGGCCUCUGACUUGUAGAAACAUGGGUGUUACCAAGGAUGUUAUUUCUUGCUCUGUAACACACGUUCAAGAAGCUACGUGGGAGAUAGUUCAUGCACUUAAAAAUAGUGGUCUUCAAUUUAAUUUAAAAUUAUUUUGAUAAUAUUUAAUUUGUGUUUAUGUUACGUGAGUAUUUGGGGUGAGUGCAGACACGUCACAGUGUGACCUCUGGGUCUCGGCUCAAAAGCAGAAUGAGCGACGACCUAAACUUCAGAACCACUGCCCGUUUUCAUUUGGUGAACUUUGGAGUCCGUUCAUUGUGAUCCCCUGUGGGACGAAGGCAUGCGUGGCUCUGGCAGGACCAUUCAUAUACUCUCCCAAAGCGUUUAGAGAAUGUGGUUCUGAUGGUUGUGCAUUUUUGGCAUCACUGGAUCCCUCAGCCUUCACUCUUUUAUAAAUGUGUAAGAUUAGGAUGAACUUACGAAUCUACAUAGUAGAAAGACAAGUAGGACGUUAUUGCCAUACUGUAUGUCUUAAUAUUUAACUUAUUCUGAACUAGAUUCCAUGCCCUGAGACACAUUUGCUGUUGUAGAAAGGAAGCUUACUCAGUCCUGUAAAAGGAGACCAUCUUCUGAAAUUUGGCAUUUACAUUAUCUAAAAGCCCGUGGUAGGGAAAAAGAAAUUGAUUUUGUAUUAAGACUUCAGGUUAACCAUCUUUUAAACUUAGAGUUGGUUUAAGUAAUGAAAAACAUCCUUAAAGAGAAUUGGGAGUUAUAAGAGAGAUUAUUCCUCUGGCCUAAAGGUGAAAAAAGCCAACAACCUAUUACUGAUUAUUUCAACUUUUUUUUUAAAAUAAAUGUGACAACUUAAAACUUAAUCUCUGCUUAAAGUGAGAUGUAUCUUUCAACUGUUUUGUUACCCAGCUGUUUAAUAUUCUAGUUUCCCCAAAGUGGAAAAAUUUGUAUACAAAUGAGUUUUCUAUGAUUUAAUAAAAAUAUA